UCUAGCGGUGCGCACCCACUACUUUCGCGCCAUGCGCGGCUCCUCUCCUUCACAUCGUGGAAUGACGAUCUUGGCCUACGACCUGCAUCAAAGGGUUCCAGCAGAUCGAUGGUGCGUCACGUACCCAGGAUCUCCUUCAGAGGAUGUAUCCGAAUUGCGAGAAUUUGAGGUACCCACUGUCUAUGGACGAACCCAUUGCAAAACCUAUCUAGGUGAAUAUGUUUCUUGUUCCAAAGCUCCUGAGACAAAUCCAAGGUAUCAAGACUUGGCUUUCUUGUGCCGAGAGGUUUGCUCUGCCCUUCGCUGUGGCCAGAUUCUGCCCGGGGCGGAGGAUGAUGCGUCAGAGGCCUAUGGGCCCAGCAUCUACACGGUGAAUGAGCAGUAUAUCAAGCCGGUGACGCAACAGGCAGGUAAGAUGAGUUGGGCAUUGAUGCGACAUCCAGAUGGCUUGGAAUGCGAGCUGUUCAUCAGCCAUGCUUGGCAGGAAGGUGUCUUCGAGUUUCUGGCCAAAGUGAGGCACAGUUGGCCAAGGAGUGUGCAAACUGCUUGGUGCUGCAUGCUGGCUAACCCUCAGAACUUAGACAUCUCAUCCUUUCUGCAGUCACCCAAGACUUCGCCCUUUGCAGUUGCAUUGGAGGCUUCCAAAGUGAUGCUGGUGGUCUUAUGGGCUUUGAUGUGGUUGGUUUUAGCUGCUAUGUUUGGCGCGGCUAGUGGUAUUAUGUCCGCAUUUCUGAAGGUCCGUGAGACCUUCAUAGUUCCGGCGCUCACGAUCCUGGCUUGUGGCCUCAGCCUCGUGAUCUACAACGACCUGCUGCGAAGGGUUUUGCAUUUUGUUGGUGUCAUGCUGUGUUGGACCUGCGUGAUGCACAAUUUUGGUGGUGUUUUUGGUGAGCAUGCUGAGAAUUACUACAAGGGUGAAGGUGUUCCGCACGAAGCUCUUCGCCUAGUGCGGCGCUGCUAUUGGCUGCUGACUUCGGUGGCUUUCUGUGUCAUGGAGGUGGACCGCAUCAAUGGAAGGUCCACUAUCUCUGAAGCAGAGGAGCUUCGACAAGGGUAUGAAGGUUCCAUUCAGCACGCCAAAUGCUCGCAAGAAGCGGACGCUGCCAGCAUCCGGAGAGAAAUCGGUGACAAGGUGGAACAAGUCGACCAUGCCAUUCAUGUCCUGAUGGCAGCUGGAAUGUCAACACCAGCACUCAGGGACAUAGCCCGCUCAGUGGAUAUCGAAUAUGCAGCAUUUGCAGAGAUGACAGGGGCAAUGUUCUUGCUCGGCCCGUUUGCCACGAAUGCCAUCGCCAUGAACGUUGUCUGUUUUUUCUACAACCUGCAUCUGUGGUAUUCCUCGGUUCUUGGUAGCGCGUCCGUCCUUGCACGGCUCAUUCUGUUCUAUUUGCUCUGUCAAAGCGACUGGGACGAACAACGCUUCAUUCUGAAGGUCAUGAACAAAUUUCUUUUUGUGGCAAUGCUGUGCUGGAUAUGUUUAGGGGCUUCUUUUUGGUCUUUUGACAUGAGUGUCACGGCUGUAUCGAAUAUUCCGGAUCUUUGGCUUCUCAUUGGAGACUCCUGUUUGCUGGCCAUGCUCUUGUUUGCACUCCUGGGGAUUAGAGGAACUGCCAAACUUCCAUUUGGCUUCAAGAUCCUUCAGUUUUUCUUCAGUAGGGGAAGCAACAAAUGGAGUGCAUUGAACCUAUGCGUCCGACGCAAGCACGCGGCAUUUGACCUUUCCACUUCUGGCGACGAGUCUUCCGACACAAAUUCUGACACCUCCGGAAGUGGCUCAUGA